AUGGAGAUAAUUAGAAGAGGAGGCAAUGUUGGAUUGAAGUUGGACAUAACACAGGCUUAUGAUUCUCUUAGCUGGGAUUUCUUGUUUCAAGCUAUGUCCACUUUUGGUUUUUCAGCUCAAUUUAUCCAUUGGUUAAAGGAAAGAAAAUUAAUUCCAAUGGUCAACAUAAAUGGAUGUCAACCUACACAUAUCUUUUUUGCUGAUGAUAUUUUUCUAUUCUGUAAUGGUGAUAAGAGGAACAUUGAUAAACUACCGAAGCUUUUGAAAGACUAUCAGCAAUCAUCUGGUCAGAUAGUGAGUAUGGAGAAAAGCAAAUACUUUGUGGGUGGCACCACUGACAACAGGAGAAACCAAAUUGCCAAUUUAUGUGGCAUGACAUUAUCAAAAUUUCCAUAUAAGUAUUUGGGUGUUAACCUGGUACCUGGAAAGAUUAAAUCUGCUCAUGUAUGGGAAUGUGUAGAUCUUUUACAGAGCAAAAUGCCAGGUUGGAUGGGUAAAAUGCUAUCAUUUCAAGAAAGGCUUAUAUUGGUGAAACAUGUUUUAUGUAGUAUAUCAAUCUACAAUAUGUCAAUAUACAAAUGGCCAAGGAAAGUCUUACUUGAAUGUGACAGAAUCAUUAGAAAUUUCCUUUGGUCAGGAGAUCCAUCCAAGGAGAAAUUAUUGACAGUUAAAUGGGAAGAAGUAAAUGCUCCAUUGGCUUAA